CGGAGGGGUGAGGGAAGGAAGGAGACAGGGAAUGGGACCAUAUGAAGCCACCCAGGCACAGCCUAACACCUACAUUUCCCAGAACCAGCUGGGAGACCUGUGUCACUGCCACCACAUGCUGGGCUUGGGUGGGAAGACCAUGUGAGGCUCAGAUAUGGGUGCACUUACACAGGGCCAGGUCCUAGAGUCAGGAUGUAGUGGAGGGAAGGGUUGGAAGAGACUGAGGUUCUGGGGGAACAGUGACCCCAGCCUUGACUCAGAGGCAGUGGGACUCCUUCUGCCCAGUCAGGCCCCUUGCCAGCCACCCACAGCCCCUGCCCUCCUAAGCCAAUGGCUAGUGGUUGCCAGGAGAUGGUUGCCAGGUGGCCACUGUUGUCCCCUGGGCAGAGGGCGCAUGCCAGCUUGCUGGCCAGGUAAGGGGCUGGCUGGCAUUAGGAUUGGGGCUUGCCACCCUGUGUCCCCCACCCCCAGAGUUCCUUCAGUCCUCGCGGGACUCCACCUAGGAGCAGAAAGUAGGGGUAGAGUAGCCUGGCUGGACCUCACAGGUAAGGAGUGCUGGGCCCCCUGGCUGGAUCAGCUCUGUCUCCCAGCACCAGCCCCCAGAGAGAGACUCCAGAGAGUAUUUCCUGGAGGCCUGGCUUUGGUUGGGAGGCACCACCCUGGCAGGGUGUGAUGAACCCGUGAUGCUCCAGGCUGGUGUUUGGGGGGGUGGCAGUGCUAGAGGCUGACAACUCAUUUUCUUGGACACUUCCUCCAGGUUGGUAAGAGGCUGGCAAUCCACCCCAGAGAGUGGCUUCCUGCUGAGCUUCUUUCCUCACCAGAGCUGGUCAGCCUUCCGGUGCCUGCAGGCCUCUGAGCUGUGCCCGCCCAUUGCCACCACCAGCCUCUGGCAGCUAAUAUGCGUGACAGGGAAGCAACGCACAUGUGCCCUGCUCGGCGACAUGGGACACACGGUCCCCACAAGGGAGCCCAUGGCCGGCAUGAACAGGACACAGAGGCGGCCCAGCCACCGAGCCCUCCCAGCCCCUACGCACUCAGGAUCCAGGCCCUGGAGCCCAGAGGGUGGCUCUCCCCCUACAGAGUGGGCCUGAACACCUGCCCAGGGCCAAGGCUAAGGUCUCGGGCCACGGGAAGGCCCAGCAGAGGGGCUGCAGAGGCUCCCCGGAGGUACCCUUGCCCUGUCGCCCGGAUGCCCCUGCCCUGUGGCCAUGCCCGCUUCAUCCAUCGCCGAGGACCCUCUAGGACCCAAGUGGGAUCCAGGAGAGGCAGACGCCCCAGCGGUGCAGGAGUUCGGGGAAGCCGCCCCCGGGUGCCAGGCUGGGCCCAUGAGCGGCCGAUGGGGAGCAGCAAAGAUGGGGGGGGGCCACAGCUGCUCAGCCAACUGGACCCAAAUGCAGAGCCCCUGGAACUUGAUGAGUCUGCCAGGGCCCUUGCCACCCUGCAGGAGGGGGACAAACAGCUGCCCAGCACCAGCCAGGGCCCAUUCUUCUACAUCGGAGGAACCAACGGGGCCUCAAUAAUCAGCUCCUACUGCAAGAACAAGGGCUGGCAGCGCAUCCAGGACAGCCGGCGGGAAGACUACAAGCUCAAGUGGUGUGAGGUCAAGAGCAGGGACAGUUACUACACCUUCCGUGAAGGUGAGCAACUGCUCUACCAGCUGCCCAACAACAAGCUCCUGACCACCAAGAUCGGGCUGCUCAGCGCCCUCCGGGAACACUCGAGGGCCAGCAGGUUCACCCGGGCGGUGGGCACCCAAGCCAGGUCUGGGAAGGAUGCUGCACUUGCCCCAGAGGAAUCCCCAUGGCUCAGCCCAGGGCGCCCCUGCCCUCAGAGGGCCCUGAGGAUGGAGGACUUCUUCCCUGAGACCUACCGCCUGGAUGUCAAGGAAGAGAGAGAAGCUUUCUUUACCCUGUUUGAUGAGACCCAGCUCUGGAUCUGCAAACCCACCGCCUCCAACCAGGGCAAAGGCAUCUUCCUGCUGCGAACCCAGGAGGAGGCCUCUGCCCUGCAAGCCAGGACACAGAGCUCAGAGGAGGACACCGCCGCCCGCAGGCUGUCCUGCCGGCCACCCCAGGCGCGGGUGGUGCAGAGGUACAUCCAGAACCCACUGCUCCUAGAUGGGAAGAAAUUUGACGUGCGGUCCUACCUGCUCAUCGCCUGUGCCAUGCCCUACAUGGUCUUCUUUGGCCACGGCUAUGCCCGGCUCACCCUCAAUCCCUACGACCCCCACUCCAGGGACCUCAGUGGUCACCUGACCAACCAGUUCAUGCAGAAGAAGAGCCCCCUCUACGUGCUGCUCAAGGAGGACACAGUGUGGAGCAUGGACCACCUCAAUCGCUAUAUCAAUGACAACUUCCGGAAGACCAAGGGCCUGCCGCGAGACUGGGUCUUCACCACCUUCACGAAGCGGAUGCAGCAGAUCAUGGUCCACUGCUUCCUGGCCGUCCGCUCCAAGCUGGAGUGCAAGCUGGGCUACUUCGACCUCAUUGGCUGUGACUUCUUGAUUGACGAGAAUUUCAAGGUGUGGCUGCUGGAGAUGAACUCGAACCCAGCCCUGCACACAAACUGUGAGGUCCUGAAGGAGGUGAUUCCAGGAGUGGUGGUGGAGACCCUAGACCUGGCGCUGGAAACCUUCCAGAAAAGCGUACGCAGCCAGAAGAUGCUGCCACUGUUGGCGCAACGCCGCUUCGUGCUUCUGCACAAUGGGGAGGCAGACCUGUGGCCCCGCCUGGGGGGCUACCGCGGCGGGGGCUUCCUCCGCCAGCUUCCGGUGCCCAGGGCCUCCACCGAGUCCGCGCUCCCUUCGGCUCCCAUGCUCCCUGCAGACAGGCCCGGGGUGUACCGGCCUGCACCUCCAAGGCGACCCCAGCUUCGCACCCGCAGCCCUGUUGCUGCACACAGCCUAGACAGCUCCCGCAGUCUCUACCCUGCCCGCAGCCCCGACAGCGUGCACAGCCCGGAUGGCUCCUGCAGCCCCGACUGUGCCCACAGCCUCGACUGUGCCCACAGCCUCGACGGCGGGGGGGACCUGAAGUCAGAGGCCCCAGGCAGAGAGGACCCAGCACGGGAGGAGGCCUCCCCAGGCCCCGCAGACAAGGAGAGCAAGAGCUUGGACCACAGGGGCUCCUAGCAGCGUCCACAGUGUCUGUGCCCAUGGCACCUAUAAAGGUUACUUUGCUACAAACACAGCCUCUACAGUGGAAAACCCCCCUCAUCAGAACACCCCAGUCUCCCCUUUGCGCCUGAGACUCUGGGAGGGGAGGUGCCCUGGGCCCUGCAACCUCCCUCCUAGGUUGGCACCUGUUCCUGGGGAGGUGUGGGGCAAGGGGUGGAAUUCACUGAGCAGCAGGAAGGGGCGAUGGACCUUCGAAACCCCCCCCUCUACUAUUCUAAGCAUCCUGCCCCACCCACAGACCCCUUCUCCAAACGAAAGCCCACCAGCACCUGGGUCCCCUUGUGAACCUCCUAACCCCACCUCUGGGCUCUGUGGUUGGCUGCUGUCCCCCAGGAAAGAACCUGAAUCCCUGCCCAAGAAGGCGGCAGCAAACUUCGGAGGCUCCUCAGAAAAUACCCCUACAGAGAGCGAGGGUGGGGGCUGGGGUGCCUUGGCUCCCCACCGCCUCCACUCCCACCAAGGUCAUCACAGCCACAGCUCCCCUAGAGGGCGACAGACCUCACCCCAAGCCAGCCCGUGGGAGUAAGCAGCCAGGGAGCUGGGCUGGAGGGAGUCGGGUCACCCUGCCCUGUCACACUCAGAGGGCCUGGCCCCGUAGUUCCCCUGCACCCGCUUCCAGGAGAGAGGCAAGGUGCACACCUCAGCAUAGACCGGCCAAGGAACCAUGAGGCCCCUCCCAGCCGGCCUGGAGGUCUCUGUGUGAGGGUGUACCCACAUCUGUGCCUGCAAAACCCCACUCCUGCAGGCACCCAGACCACCAUUCACCUUGUGACCCCUCUUUGCCAUGCCAUCUCAGCACACACGGGCCCUAGCUCUGCAAUCAGUGGACCUCAGAGUGGCCCAAAGAACCCCCUGCUGUGACCAUCCUCCCUGUGUGCAAAGGGAUUGCAGUGAUCCCUGGGGACAGAAUGGCCUGCCCCUGGGAGCAUGAUGUCAAUGAAUAAAAAGUUUUGGAGAA